UUCUUUUAUGCCUUUUGCAAGAAAUCUAUGAUGGAAACUAUCGAUGCACAUGUAACGCUGCCACUGGAAUGCCAGCAUGCAUCGGCUGUGUUGGCAAUUCUAGUUUAUCCAUUUCAUGACUAAUUAAAGAGGCUGCGCGUGUAGGCUGGGCACUAUGGUUGUGCCCUCGGUUUCGUAGCAUGGUGUUCUUACUCCGAUCUGGUUGACCUCUACCCUAAAUGCAUGCGGAUCAUCUCCGAAUAUUUAGAAUCAAUCAGUAUAUCCAAAAUGGCUAGUGGUAGUGGUGCGGGUGGUAGUGGUGUACGCCGACGAAUUAAAGAAGAGUUACGGGCCGUUACGUCCAGGGAGAUAAAUCGAUUGAUACAAGCGGCCUUGCAGCAGCAGCAGCCGACGGUACCUCGACCCAUCCAUCGUCGAGCUAUAGUACUCCGGGACCACAUCGUUGCACACCGUCGGUUGUAUGAGGACUACUUCGUUCCGGAGCCGCGGUUUGGGGAGAACAUGUUCCGGCGACGUUUUAGGAUGCAUCGUCCGUUAUUUCUGCCUAUCGUGGGUGCUUUAGAGCGUCGAUACGAGUAUUUGAGGAUGAGGCAGGAUGCGGUUGGUAGACCCGGCCACAUGCCCAUACACAAGUGCACUGCCGCAAUCAGGCAGCUGGCAUACGGAGGUGCGGCCGACAUGUUCGAUGUGUACCUCCACAUCGGCGAGACGACUGCCUGCGAAUGUCUGUAGUAUUUUUGUGAGGGAGAUAUUCAGGGAUAUAUAUCUUCGGAAGCCUACCCCCGAAGAUUGCCAGGCUCUGACUUUAUUGCUAUAUUUAAUAUUUUAUUUUAUUAUAUUAUAGAUAUGACCUCUUUUAUUCUUAUGAUUUGUGGCUAACUAGUAACCACCAUUUGGAGCGUGUACAUUUAGCUUACAUUCUUCAAAUAUAUUCUCAAAAAAAUUUAUAUAA